AUGGCACCCUCUAUCGACGAUGGCGCCAAAGUUACAGGCCUCGCUGCCUUGUCCCAGGGCACUCCGCUCCCUGGUGUACCCAAAUUUAAGAACUUCGAGGCCCAGAGGGAAUAUAUGUUGAAUCACAUGGCGGGUGCUUUCAGAGUAUUCGCUAGACACGGGUUCGUCGAAGGGAUGGCGGGCCAUAUCAGUAUGCGCGACCCCGAAAAUCCCGAUCUUUUCUGGACAAAUCCUCUGGGGAUUCACUUUGGUCUUAUCAAUCCAUCCGAUAUGAUUUUAGUCAAUGAAGAUGGAGUCGCCGUUGGCGGGAAUAUGUCUCGACCAGCAAAUGCGGCCGGGUUCCUGAUUCACAGCGCAAUCCAUCGAGCUCGACCAGAUGUCAAUGCCGCAUGUCACUUUCAUUCCACUUAUGGAAAAGCUUGGUCGACAUUUGCUCAGCCCCUGGAAAUGCUGAAUCAAGACGUUGCGAUUUUCUACGGAGCGGCACAAAGUGUCUAUGAAGAAUUUGGAGGGAUUGUUCUUAGAGAGGAAGAAUCUGCCGCAUUAGCUGAGAGACUUGGUGAAGGGAAAGUGAUGAUAUUACGGAAUCAUGGUCUCCUAACUGUUGGCAGGACGGUGGAUGAAGCCGCCUAUCUCUUUUUGCUGAUGGAAAAAAGUUGCAAGAUCCAACUAGCUGCUGAUGCCGCCGCUGCGUCUGGCCGGAAAAAAUUGUACAUUGAUGGUGAAGCGGCGAAAUUUACUUAUGAGAAUACUAGUGACCCAGAGAGCCUAUUCGCGGAGUUCCAGGGAUAUUUGCAGUGGGAAUCAGCUAUAUCACACGACGGAUACAAGGCUAUGGGAUGUUGA